UAACUCCCUACUUCUUUCAUCAAUACAAUUUCACCUCCUUUUGUAUAUAUACACAUAUCUUCAUGCUGAACUGUUUCUACGAGAACUCAAAAUCAUCUUCUUUCCAGCUUUUUCAGAUACCAAAGGUUAGCUUCACUUCAUAAUGGUUUUUCAACUCCAGAUUACAUGAUAUGUUUACGUUUCUUUUCUUCUUAUUAACUUAUUUUCACCAAAAAAAUAUAGAAACACGACAUUUUAUCAUCCCUACAGCCUUUAAUUCCUGUUCAAUGUUGUUAACAUGUUCAUCUUACAAUAUUGUUUAUUAGGUUUUAUGUUUUACUAAAAAGAAGUGUUUUUUUUUUUUUUUUUUUUUUUUUUUUUUUUUAUAUAUAUAAGAAAACACACAGAGAGAGAUAAAGUUUAUGUUUUACUGAUUAGAUACAGAAAAAUAAAAACUUUAUAUUAUACUAACACUCUACCAAUUUAAUCCAGAAUAUAUACUAGUUCUUAUACAAGUUGUGAACAUAUGGAGGAAUUUUCUUCUUCAAACUACAGCAGCAAUUUGUCUCAUACGAUGAUAAAUAAUUAUGAUUAUUCACAAAAAUACAAAGGGGUGGUCCCACAACAGAAUGGAAACUGGGGUGCUCAAAUAUACGCAAAUAAUCGACGAAUAUGGCUUGGAACAUUCAAAUCUGAAAUAGAUGCAGCAAUGGCUUACGACAGGGCAUCUCUCAAGCUUAGAAGUGCAGACGCCCCAAGAAACUUUCCAUGGACGAAAAUAACCCUCCAAGAGGCAAAGUUCCAAACUCAUUACACCAUGGAAAUAAUUUUAGCUAUGAUCAAAGAUGGAACGUAUCAAUCUAAGUUUGAUGAUUUUUGGAAAAUAGAGAAGGAGAAUGAGCAGAAUAAUAAUGUUCUAUCUCCUGAUCAAAAGGGUAAUUUCGGGUUUUCAUGUAGGGUUCUCUUUCAAAAGGAGUUGACUCCAAGUGAUGUGGGUAAGCUUAACAGAUUGGUUAUACCUAAGAAGUAUGCUAUUCGUUAUUUUCCUCACGUGCCUGAUAAUGAGUCAGAAGGAGGUGGUGGUGUUCAUGUUAAUGAUGAGGUGAAUCUUUCUUUUUAUGAUGUUCAGAAAAGAUUGUGGAAAUUUCGUUAUUGUUAUUGGAAGAGUAGUCAAAGUUUUGUGUUCACUAGAGGGUGGAAUCAGUUUGUGAAAGAGAAGAAGCUAAUGGCCAAGGACAGGAUUGUCUUUUAUUAUCAUGAGAAUCUUCAAGUAUCGAAUAUGGGGUUCUGGGUUAUCGACACGUGUUGGUCUAGUAGCAAUAUUGGAGUAGGUCUGAAGCUUGGUGUGGGGGCACAGGAAAAUGGCGAAUUAAGAAGGGAAACAGAAGAAAGUUUUCAGGAUCAAAAGAUGGAUGAUGAAAUUAUAGAAAAAAGCAGCGUAAAGACCAAAGGAUUGAAGCUUUUUGGUGUCCUCAUAACUGAAUGA